GAAGCAGUGAGUGACAGAGGCUGCAGUAAAGUGGCGUAGAGGUGGGGUGAGGGUGGAGGGGGUCUGUCGAAGAAAUCAAGUCAAUAGAAACUGAAGUGGAAGCGGCGUUUAGAGCCGCGGUGACGUCACUGCUCCACAUUGAGCCAGUAGUAGAGAGUCAGUGGAGACAGAUAGAGGAGCGCCGUAGUAAAGUACACACCGACAUGAACUUCUCCCUCUAAAACUUCCACCGAGGACGACUCCACGGCUUUUUCUUCCACCGGCAGGAACUUGCUCUUUAUUCGCCCCCCUUUUUGGUUUUUUUCGAGGGGAAGCUCGGGAGGAGAAGCGAGCGGGAGAGAGCAAGAGCACAUUUUGGGUUUCUUUUCGGGGGGUCGACGACGAGCGCAAUGUCGUCCGCGGCGGUCGCUGCUUCUUCCAGGAGGCAGUCGUGUUAUUUAUGCGACUUGCCCCGCAUGCCGUGGGCCAUGAUCUGGGAUUUUACCGAGCCCGUCUGCAGGGGAUGUGUCAACUACGAAGGAGCAGACCGCAUCGAGUUUGUCAUCGAGACUGCCCGGCAGCUGAAGCGGGCUCACGGCUUUCAGGAGGGCAGGUCUCCCGGGCCGGGGAAGUCGCAGCUCUCCGGGAAGGAGAUCCAGGCGAUCAACCACGCCGCGGCGGGAGACCCCGGCUCCCGGCCGCCGCAGCCUCUGGACCGCUACCCGCUCUCCUCCGACCGCCAUCCCAGGCCGGGUCUCGAGUAUCAGCCGGGCAGGCAGGCGAACGGCAUUCCGGUCCCCAAUGGAUUUCCUAAGUCCGACGAGCCGCCGGAGCUGAACCGCCAGAGCCCCAACCCGCGCAGGAACAACGCGGUGCCCCCGAAUCUAGUGCCUUUGGUUAACGGGAACAUGCCCCCGGUGCACGCCGUCAACGGCAGACCGGGACAGAUGGUGCUGCCCUCCGCGCUGGCCGCCGGGAGUCCCGCCGACCUGGGCAAGAGACCCGCCUCGGUCUCCAGCACCGAGCACGACAGAGAGGUGAAGGACAAGCACAGACCGGACAGCCUCACGCCGGAGAUCUCGGAGAGCCACAAAAGCAGGGCAGACCCGGACUGGAUGGGCAAGGGCAAAACGGUGAGGGACCUGAUGGCUCUGCAGACUUUCGACAGGUUCAAGAAGGACCACUCGGCCAUGCCGCCGCGGGUCAUGGGCUACGAGGCCAGCGCCACCGCUUCCAAAUCAGACAGAGGCAAACAUCCCCGGAGCAUUAAGAGAAAAGCGUCACCUGAACCAGAGGGAGAGGGAACUGCUGCCAAGCUCAAUGGAGAGGGACAGCAGUGGUUGCCACCGCCUACCGACGGACUGAAAAUGCCUCCGGUUCCCCCGCCAAGCUUCGCCUCUCCCCCCUCCACAAUAUCCCCCCACUCCCGCACCACCCCGCCGGAGGCUGCACAGAACGGCCAGUCCCCCAUGGCGGCGCUUAUCAUGGCGGCAGACAAUGCAGGUGGGAACAGCUCACCCAAGGACGCCAACCAAGUCCACUCCACCACCCGGAGGAACAGCAGCAGCCCCCUGUCACCGUCCUCCGUGCCUCCGAGGAGGCCGCCGCAGAGAGAGGCGUCUGGCGCAGGUACCCCCCACGGACCAGGCAUGGACCAAGUGCACCCCCAAAGCAUUCCGGACUCCUCGGUACCCGGCAGCAUACCCCUGUGCUGCACGCUGUGCCACGAGCGCUUGGAGGACACACACUUUGUUCAGUGCCCGUCUGUGCCCUCUCACAAGUUCUGCUUCCCCUGCUCGAGGGAAAGCAUAAAGCAGCAAGGUGCCACGGGUGAAGUGUACUGUCCGAGUGGAGAGAAAUGUCCCCUGGUUGGCUCGAACGUACCAUGGGCUUUCAUGCAAGGAGAGAUCGCCACCAUCCUUGCAGGAGACGUCAAAGUAAAAAAGGAGAGGGACCCUUGAUUUUGUCUGAACACUUCUUUGGGGAGGGGAAGCAAAAAUAUGAGUAUAAAUAUAUAAAUAUCACAUACAUACCAUUCAAACAAACUAACGGACUUGUACAUAUUGGACCCAAGGGAAGAGUAUACUUCGUAAACAUGGUUGUAUAAUUUUUGAUUUUUGAAUACAUUGUGUUUCUAUAUUUUUGAAGAUAAAGGUAUGUACUCAUUAUAAUGAACUACGUUCCUCUUUGUUGAUGUUUAACAAAAUUCUUGAUGUACUUCUAGGUCUGGUGGCAGUUCCUGUUUAACGUAGAAUGUGACUAAUGCUACUCUACGAGCACUUGGCAAAACUAAAAUGCUUUUAGCUGUACUUGUAUGCACUUGUUUAAAAAUUGCCAAAUACAAUUUCUGAUCUUGUAUGAACA